AUGACUCUCAUGGAUCCGAGAAACAAGACCAUCGCUUGCGCCAAUGGUCUCAAUACCGAAGACGGGGAUGAAUUCGUUAACUCUGAUGACAAUUUCGACGAGCGUAUCUUGGAGUGGGACGAAGAUCAGGUUUCCCAGGAUUUCGACACCCCAUUGUCCGACGAUGGGAAGAUAACCACAACUAUGCUAAGGAGCCAAAGUGCCGAGCAGCCUUUGUAUCCACGUGUCUGCCUUUCGAUUUUGCGACCCAGAGGGCCAUCUUUCUUAGCAUCGCAGUCGCCAAGGAAACGACAAAAGAUUUCACUUGUGGGCUCCCGGAAGAUAAAAAUGGUUGCGACAGGUUCCAGGAGACUUUGCAUGGCUGGUUUGAUCCCGACGAAAAAGGCAAAGCUCAUCCAACUGCGUGAGAUGCACCAACGACUGUCGGCCAUCUUGAAUACACCAGUCAACGAGCGCGACCCAGACGAGGUUGCAGACCUAAAGAACCUGAUCAAGCGUGCACUUGAGGAUGUCAUCACCACUGCCGAUGUCUUGUUCACAACAGCUGUCAUGUUCACAAGCUAG